UUGUAUCUCACGCGUCCAGUUAAAUCAGGCAUCGGACUGUACCACCCAACCUCGAUCCUCAACAGUAAUGAACUAAAUAGGGCUAUGAAAGAAGGGUGGGUGAAGUUGGCGUUCUACAUAAUGAGUUUCUUCGGCUAUCUAUUUGGGUACGUUUCUUUUCUGUACACUCUGCUGAAUAAACCGUCUUGCUUGUUUACUCUUUUAUGA